CCGCUCGCCCGCGAGCCUCUAUCCCGGGCCUGGCCCGUGCGCGUCCGCCUGCUGAACCUGGGCAUCGCCGGCUGGGGCACGGAACUGGGCGGCAUCGCUGACCUCUGCCUAGGAGGCCUGGGAUCCCUGAGCCGCCCGCGCCCGCGGGGGCCUGGGAGUCGCACGCCCUCCCCGAACCUGCGCUGCUCGCGGAUCCCCAGCGGGGCGAAGCCAGGUGCCCCCUUCUUCUCCUCCUUUCUCUCCCUCCCCCACCCCGGUGCCGCGGGAGUUCCCGCCCGCCCACCCCCUCCCCAAGGGGUGUAGCCGGCUGCGGAGCGGACAGCGGCUCCGCGGCCACCUUGUCCAAACUCUCCGGAAGCGGCCGGAGCUGACAGGGCACUCAGGCCGUCGCAGCUCCAGCGGACCCACAGUUGGGCCGGAGACGCCGGCCUUCCUCCGGCUCCCAGACUUGGAGCACUUGACCUUUGGCUGUCGGAGGAGGCAGACUCGCGGGUGGCUGGACAGCUGCGGCACCUCGAGGGCAUCUUGCCUGGGGUUCCAGGACGGGGCUCCCGACUUUGCCUCUGAGAUCCUGAGGUGUCUCCAUCAGGCGCAUGUUGACUGAGACCUGGAGUCAUGGAUGUGUGCGCUCGUCUUGCCCUGUGGCUCCUUUGGGGGCUCCUCCUGCAUCACGGCCAGAGCCUCAGCCAAAGCCACAGCGAGAAGGCGACCGGCUCGGGGGCCAAUUCCGAGGAGUCCACUGUAGCAGAGUUUUGCCGGAUCGACAAGCCCCUGUGCCACAGUGAGGAUGAGAAGCUCAGCUUUGAUGCAGUCCGCAGCAUCCACAAGCUGAUGGAUGAUGAUGCCAAUGGUGACGUGGAUGUGGAAGAAAGUGAUGAGUUCCUGAGGGAAGACCUCAAUUACCAUGACCCAACAGUGAAACACAGCACCUUCCAUGGUGAGGAUAAGCUCAUCAGCGUGGAGGACCUGUGGAAGGCAUGGAAGUCUUCAGAAGUAUACAACUGGACCGUGGAUGAGGUGGUGCAGUGGCUGAUCACAUAUGUGGAGCUGCCUCAGUAUGAGGAGACCUUCCGGAAGCUGCAGCUCAGUGGCCAUGCCAUGCCAAGGCUCGCUGUAACCAAUACCACCAUGACAGGGACUGUGUUGAAGAUGACAGACCGGAGCCAUCGGCAGAAGCUGCAGCUGAAGGCCCUGGACACGGUGCUCUUUGGGCCUCCUCUCUUGACCCGCCAUAACCACCUCAAGGACUUCAUGCUGGUGGUGUCUAUCGUUAUUGGUGUGGGUGGCUGCUGGUUUGCCUAUAUCCAGAACCGUUACUCCAAGGAGCACAUGAAGAAGAUGAUGAAGGACCUGGAGGGCUUACACCGAGCCGAGCAGAGUCUGCAUGACCUUCAGGAAAGGCUGCACAAAGCCCAGGAGGAGCACCGCACGGUGGAGGUGGAAAAGGUGCACCUGGAGAAGAAGCUGCGCGACGAGAUCAACCUUGCUAAGCAGGAAGCCCAGAGGCUGAAGGAGCUGCGGGAGGGAACGGAGAAUGAGCGGAGCCGUCAGAAAUACGCCGAGGAGGAGUUGGAGCAGGUACGGGAGGCCUUGAGGAAAGCAGAGAAGGAGCUGGAAUCGCAUAGCUCAUGGUAUGCUCCAGAGGCCCUUCAGAAGUGGCUGCAGCUGACCCAUGAGGUGGAGGUGCAGUACUACAACAUCAAGAAGCAAAAUGCCGAGAAGCAGCUGCUGGUGGCCAAGGAGGGGGCUGAGAAGAUAAAAAAGAAGAGAAACACACUCUUUGGCACCUUCCACGUGGCCCACAGCUCUUCCCUGGAUGAUGUGGAUCACAAAAUCUUAACAGCUAAGCAAGCUCUGAGCGAGGUGACAGCAGCACUGAGGGAGCGUCUGCACCGCUGGCAACAGAUUGAGAUCCUCUGUGGCUUCCAGAUUGUCAAUAACCCUGGCAUCCAUUCCCUGGUGGCUGCCCUCAACAUAGACCCCAGCUGGAUGGGUAGUACGCGCCCCAACCCUGCCCACUUCAUCAUGACCGACGACGUGGAUGACAUGGAUGAGGAGAUUGUGUCACCCUUGUCCAUGCAGUAUGCUGCCUGGCUGAUGGGGCGUAGGUUCAGUGACCGCUCUCUCUGCUCAGCAUCCGCCGGCUCAGACGAUCAGUCCCUCUGGAAAUACCCGGCUCCCAGCCUGCAGACCAGUGUCCGGCAGCGCCUGACGGAGCCGCAGCAUGGCCUGGGGUCUCAGAGGGAUUUGACCCAUUCCGAUUCGGAGUCCUCCCUCCACAUGAGUGACCGCCAGCGUCUGGCCCCCAAGCCUCCUCAGAUGAUCCGUGCUGCAGAUGAGGCUCUCAGUGCCAUGACCUCCAACGGCAGCCACCGGCUGAUUGAGGGGGCACACCCCGGCUCUCUGGUGGACAAACUGCCUGACAGCCCUGCCCUGGCCAAGAAAGCACUGCUGGCGCUGAACCACGGGCUGGACAAGGCCCACAGCCUGAUGGAGCUGAGUUCCCCGGCCCUACCUAGUGGUUCUCCACAUUUGGAUUCUUCCCGUUCUCACAGCCCAAGUCCCCCAGACCCAGACACGCCAUCUCCAGCUGGGGACAGCCGAGCCCUCCAGGCUAGCCGAAAUACACGUAUCCCCCACCUGGCUGGCAAGAAGGCUGCGGCUGAGGAGGAUAAUGGCUCCAUUGGCGAGGAGACAGACUCCAGCCCAGGCCGGAAGAAGUUUCCCCUCAAAAUCUUUAAGAAGCCUCUUAAGAAAUAGGCAGGAAGAGGGUGGCAGUGGUGGGACAACUUGUCCUUCCCUGGUCUUCUGCUUCCCCUCCCCUCCCUUCCAAGAUACCUGGCUCCCAGCACAGGGCCUGGGAGGGGCUGGCUCCGGGGCCUGGGCACUGUACAUACCUGCCCCCCACGUCCUUGGGUCCUUCAGCAUUAUUUAUUAACUGACCACCAUGGCCUGCCUCCUUCCCAACCAUGGGCUGCUGCUGCACUCCCUCUCCACUUCAGUGCAUGUCUUAGUUGCUGUCCCCUCAGCUCCCAGCUCCACCUCUGGGGUUCAGCUUCUGUGCCUCUGCUGUCCCAGUUUUGAGGUUUGGUUUCUUGUUACUCUCUAUCUCCUGCUUUCAGGCUUCUCCCUCCCACCACUCCCCACCUUCCCCUAGCAGCUAGCAGGGGAGAAAGGGGGAGUAACUUCUGACACCUGUGCCUCAGAUCUCUUCCACCCUCUGCACCCCGCCCCCCCCCCCCCGGCCACUGACGAUGGUUCUCUUUGCCCCAGACUGGGGCCUAGGACCUAAUAUUUGAGGUUUGUUCUCUGGAAGUGUGGUGGGCCAGAGGUAACCUCGGGUUGGAGCUUACUAGGACUCCAGGGGUCCAUGGGGGAGUAAAACCAAUUCCCAGAGAGCAAGUCACUAGGGUUUUGAAGAGAGGCUAGGCUCAGGGAUAGAUUGGAAGCAGCUUCUAGUCUGAGGAUGAGUAGGAGCCAGAGAUGUGGGCUACAAGGCAGUCACCUUUUCUCUCUUCUCUCACCCACACCUGCUUCUCUCUUAUCCCCACUGCCCCACACUGCAGGAGGGUUUGUCUGUAAGAGAUGCUGCCCAAAUGCUCCCCAAGCAUCAUUACUCCUAAGGCUCAGGACAGUCGGCUCCCCAACCAUAGGAGCCUCAGCUAUGAUAGAGGGCUCUAAUGGGGCCCCGAAGCUGUUGGGCAGAGUGUUGUCACAUUUGAACCAAAAGACAUUUUAAAAUUGAAAAAUGAAAUCUCCUGAAUUUCCCAAGUGCCUGCACCACAUACUUCCCCUGUCAGACCCGUGUUUAUGUUACUGCAUAGCCUGGGCCAGAGGCUCAAGGACACAGCCGGUUUAGGGACAGGGUGGCUGAGGAAGCUGGUGUAGGUCAAGGUGGCUGUGUGACCGCUUCCCCCUCACCCUUCCCACCCUCUAGACAACUCUCUCCCUUACCUGUUUUUGCUAUGGCUGUAAAGGUAUUUUCCCUCUGCCCCACUCCCUGCCAUCUUUACUCUGGGAUCCUAUUUUGGGCCUGGGGUGGGGGCACCUGGGGCUGGUCUUAGGAGGUUCUAGGCUGCAGACUGCCUUGUACCCCCUGGACAGCCUCACAUGGGUUUUUCUGUGUUAUUUCAUAAGGCUCUCUGAAGUCCAAUAAAGCAUGUAGGAGAUUUUAA